AUGUCCAAUAGCGGCACCAGAGAGCUCCCUUCUGCCUUCCUAUGUAGCCAUAUAUCCAAUACUGCGGACUACACGGGUACCUUCAAUAGAUCAGGUUCUACUCAGGCCUACCCAGCUCAUGAAGCACAACCGGGCUACAUGAAUGCCUCUGUUCAGAAUGCUAUGCUAAAGGAUCACUGGACCUAUUUGAAAAGCACACUAGACGCAUGCAGUGCACAGUCGGGCCGCCUCGAGACGAUUUGCCAAGAAACGCAAAGCCAUGCCAACAAUAUACAAAAUGAGCUGAAAGAAAAAUAUCAUGCACGCUAUGCACAAAUAAGCGAAGCUAUUAGGUACUUUUUGCAGAGCAGCGUCCAGAAUUUCAACGCUCUGCAAGCGCUAAAAGAGUCUAUUGCAGCACACGGGAAAGCUAAAGAAGAGCAUGAGAAGAAAUUUACUGAGUUCGUGCAGCUAUGCCAACGUGACAAAGAGGAGCUAAGGAUUCAGAAAAGUGACUGUUCAGAGCGCGUAAAACAGCUGGGUGAGAGGCUAAGUAACGCUGAAAAGAUGGAACACACUCUCAACGAAGAAUUACAAAUAUAUCUAAAAGAAGUGGUUGAUCUUAGAGAGGCGUUAAGAAAUAAGAUCUUAAUGAGGUUAGGAAUUGUGGAUUCCGUUGAGGAUUACAGAAGAUACAUAGAUGGUGUUUUAUAUUUUAAGAGUAACGAUUCAGCAGGAAAUGCACGGGUAGCUAAGGACUUCCAGAGAGGCGACCGUACCCAAGAGCUUACCAAGAUCAUCAUAAAUCAGGAUGCAAAUAGGUACAUGCAAAGCUUAAGCGACGUGCUUACUUCUAGCACGUCAGGAAAGCACAGCCAACUUCAUCCCGGUGCUACUUCUGUCCCCAAUACUGGAAAGCACGAUGAGCGUCGUAGGCCUGGGACUGAUAUCGAUCCUAGGCUUGGUAAUAGUUUAGUCCGACAAUAUAAUGCUCACCGGGAGCUUGACCGCUCACCUAGCGUGUCAGCUCGUCCAUCUAGUAAGACCUUGUUUAGGAAGCAAGUCGAUGACAGGCCCAGCUCUGCCCGAACAGCCAAGAAGAUACACUCUCCAUUCAUACUCACUAAUAAAGGAGGCGUUGCUUCUGCUAAGCAUCCCAGAACAAUGAGUGCAAUGGCUUCUCUUCAGCAACACAAGCAAAAGACUGCACCCAGAAAAUAUUUAUUUAUGUCCAGUACCCCCAUUAUAAAGGACAAAAGCAUAGAGCAGGAAAUAGCCGUGCAAAGAAGAAAGCAUUUAAGAGAAAAGCAGGAAGAAGAUGCGCUCAAACAGGAGCUAGCAACCUCAGCAAGUCUUAACCUCAAAGUACAGCACGUGAAUGGAUGGGAGGUCGUUAAAGAGAACCCGAAAUACAAACAGAGGGCAGUCUCAAGCUCACAACCGCUGACAGAAGAGGAUCUUGGACCCCUGGUAAGCACCUCUAUGCGACAGGCCACUAAAGGGCGCGGUAAAAAGAGCACAAUCAAGAGAAGAGCAGCCAAUGCCAAGCAGCAUGAAUCUGCACCACGUGCUGAGCGGAUACAUCCAGGAACAGAAGCAAUACACCACAAGGAUAUAUACCAAGAAGAACAGAUGCCUACACCCUCCAUAAAAAGACAGGACUUAGAAAUACAAUUAAAGAUUCUAGUGAAUAAGCGCAAACACAUGCAACAACAACUUAAGUCGCUGCUGGGAAUGAGACUUGGUAGAGAUGGACAAGACUCCGAAAAGGAGCGGGGCGAGCGCAUGCUGAAGAUCCGUGAAAAGAUCAAUGCACUGGAUUCUCGUAGCGAAGAACUAACACGGCAAUUGGAAGGCUUGCCGUGA